AUAUGGAAUGGGGCUUGAUUGAGCAAUUAAGAAAAACAUUUCACUGUUGUAUUGAAUUGUUAUGAUGAAAAGUUCAGUUCCAUGUCAAAGAGUUCUAUUUGUUUUGUUGGUAUGUCUAUACCUUCUCCUCCACCAGCAGACGCAUAAUCGAUAACGAUGGUCAGCAACAAAGUUCUCCAAUCAGACCAUCAAAUUUUGGUGUCCACCAUUUUCUCAUUCUUUAUGGAGUUUCACCACUUCUUCAACAAGGUUUAUUACGGAGUAUAUUCAGUUUUAUCUUCGCCGCUGAUUUGAUAAGAACUUAAGAGGACAAUUAGGUGGAUUUUUACUAUAAAGAUUCAUCCUUUGUGUGACCUGGGAAGAAUUCAAAAUUACCAAAUCUCAUUUCACAUAGACAAGAAAAAGCAGACACCCGAUAAUGGGGAGAUUUGCAGCAAUAUUUUCAGGCUUCUCAUUCUCUCUCCUUUGACUUUAUGGAUUCCAAUACUUUUGACCAUCUCACUUGCUGGGUGUUAGGUGAUCCAUGGUAUAUCUUAUUCUCCAUGACAAAGCCUAGUAAAAUGAAUACUUUGAGACGGAAGGAGUAUCGAAUUUGGUUUUCAGAAAGAAGUUUGUGUGCAAAUCUGCAGGUAGGCGAACGCAUUAGCAAGUCUCUUCUCAGAGUGGAUAUCAAGGCUAUCCUUUAACCUUGAAGAGUCCCUUAAAAUUUUGCCAUUAUGAUGGGAGUUCAUGCUGCAAUUCGAAACAAGAUAUGCAAUUGCAGAAGCAGUUUCAGUCCAUGAAUGUAUCUGACUCUGCCUGUGCCUCUAUUGUGAAAUCAAUCCUUUGUGCUAGAUGUGAUCAGUUCUCAGCAGAGUUGUUCAGAGUCAAUAGUGUGCCCCGUUCAGUUCCUGUUCUGUGCAACUCUACUUUGUCAUCAACUUCACCACAAUCCAGCCAAGCAGCAGGCAACUUUUGCUCAAAAGUAUGGGAUACAUGUAUGAACGUGUCAGUAUUGAAUUCACCGUUUUCACCCUCAUUACAACGUCAAGCUGGAUCUUCGGUAAAUUCAAAUCUGACCAAGAUCACAGAAAUGUGGCAGUCAAAAACUGAUUUCUGUAACGCCUUAGGUGAAGCAUCGGAAGAUGGAUCACUUUGCUUUGGCGGAGAACCUGUAUCUUUAAAUAAUACUGCAGAACCCCCAAGUAGCCCAUCUGGUUUGUGCCUCGAGAAAAUUGGUAAUGGAUCUUAUCUUAGUAUGGUGCCUCAUCCUGAUGGCUCCAACCGAGUUUUCUUCUCCAACCAACAAGGAAAGAUUUGGUUGGCAAAACUUCCAAAAGAAGGAUCAGGUGGAGUUAUCGAGUUUGAUGAAUCACGCCCUUUUCUGGAUCUAAGUGACAUAGUACAUUUUGAUGCUGAGUUUGGAUUGAUGAGCAUAGCUAUUCAUCCAAGAUUUGCUGAAAAUGGCCGUUUCUUCGCUUCAUUCAAUUGUGACAAGACAGAGUGGCAUGGAUGUGAAGGACGUUGUGCAUGUAACUCUGAUGUCGAUUGUGACCCCUCAAUGCUACCAACUGAUAAUGGUGCACAACCAUGCCAAUAUCAAAGUGUUAUUGCUGAGUUUUCUGUUGGCGGUACCAAUACUAAGCCAUUAAUGGCAACCUCUGCUAACCCAGCAGAAGUCAGAAGGAUAUUCACCAUGGGACUGCCAUUUACUUCUCAUCAUGGUGGACAAAUCAUUUUUGGCCCAGAUGGGCAUUUGUACUACAUGAUGGGAGACGGAGGAGGAAGUGGUGAUCCCUACAAUUUUGCUCAGAACAAAAGAUCAUUGCUUGGUAAAAUUAUGAGGUUUGAUGUCAACACUUUUCCAAGUGCUUCAGAAAUAAGUACAGAGGGUUUAUGGGGAAACUAUACUAUCCCAAAAGACAACCCCUAUAUCAACGAUAAUCAGUCACAACCUGAAAUAUGGGCCAGUGGAUUAAGGAAUCCUUGGAGAUGCAGUUUUGAUGCUGAAAGGCCUUCAUACUUUUUGUGCACUGAUGUUGGACAGGACAUGACUGAAGAAGUGAACAUAAUCACGAAGGGUGGAAACUAUGGUUGGCGAGUUUAUGAAGGUCCCUACCCUUUCACUCCUCUAACAUCACCAGGAGGAAAUACUUCUCUGAACUCUAUAAACCCUAUUUUCCCUGUAAUGGGUUACAAUCAUUCCGCUGUGAGUUCAAAACAAGGUUCUGCAUCAAUUACUGGCGGUUAUUUUUACCGAUCUUCAACUGAUCCUUGCAUGUCCGGAAGGUACUUGUAUGCUGAUUUAUACGGAGGCGCUAUGUGGGAAGGUACUGAGUUUCCUGAAGAAAGUGGGAACUUCACGUCUAGCUUACUAUCCUUUAGCUGUGCUGCAGACUCUCCUAUAAAGUGCAGUUCUGUCCCAGGAAGUUCAUUGCCUGCUUUAGGUUACAUUUUCUCAUUUGGGGAAGACCAGAACAAAGAUGUUUAUGUACUGUCUAGUAGUGGCGUAUACAGAGUUGUUCGUUCGAGCCGGUGUAAGUAUACUUGCUCAAAGGAAAACACUGCAGAUGUUUCAGUCCUGUCUCCUGCUCCAUCGCCUUCACCUUCGCGGUCAUCAGCCUCACAGUUGAGCAAACACUUAUGCAUGAGUUUAGUGAUUUUGUUGUCAUCUUUGGUUAUGGUUUGGUUAGAUAUUUGAUCAAUUUUGUACAUGAGAAAUUUGCAAUUGGAAUCAUUGUUGAACAAUCUGCCUA